AUGGCCGGCUGCGUCACUUUCACGUCCAGUAGACCCUCCCAGGCCCUGCGCCAGUCGCGGCAGGCAUUCCGCGCGCAGGGCAGGCGAUGUGCAGUCAAGGUCCAGGCCAAGGUUGACCUGCAGGGAGGCCCGCGCUUCGCGAAGGGCAAAUGCUACGUUACGCGAGAUAACAUUGACACCGACCAGAUCAUCCCCGCGGAGUAUCUGACCCUGGUGCCGUCCAAGCCUGCCGAGUACGAGAAGCUGGGCAGCUACGCCAUGAUCGGCCUGCCAGAGCAGGAGUACCCUGAGAGGUACGUCCCGGUGGACAGCAUGAAGACGGAGUACCCCAUCAUCAUCGGCGGUGAGAAUUUCGGGUGCGGCUCCUCCCGGGAGCACGCGCCAGUGGCUCUUGGCGCCGCCGGCGCCAAGGUCGUGCUGGCGCAGACCUUUGCGCGCAUCUUCUUCCGCAACUGCGUCGCCACGGGGGAGCUGUACCCGGUGGAGACGGACCGCCGCCUGUGCGAUGAGUUGGUCACGGGGCAGGAGGUGGAGGUGGACAUGGAGGCCAACGUGCUCAAGGUGGUGGAAACCGGGAAGACGUACGACCUGAAGGACCUGGGCGCGGCAGGGCCCCAGGGUAUGAUCAAGGCUGCAGUGUAG